UCCUUUGUGAAAGACAGCAAGAAUUUUCCAGUGUUAUCAAAAAGAAUUGCAAUGUCUUCGUCAAAAUUGAUUCGUUUGAUUCUUAUACAGCACAAAGUGGGUGAUGUAAAGGAGGAUAAUGUAACUCGUGCACUGACCAUGAUCAGGAGCGCUGUGGCCAAGGAGAAGAAAACCACAGUUCCCAUCCUUGUAGUUCUUCCAGAGUGCUUCAAUUCACCUUAUGGUGUUAAAUUUUUCGAUAAAUACGCUGAAACUAUUCCUGAUGGAUACACUAGCAAGGCUCUUUUUGGAAUAGCUAAAGAACUAGGUAUCUACCUGGUUGCAGGCUCUUUCCCAGAGCGCGAUGUCCAGAAGCCAAAAACGCUAUAUAAUACAUGCACAGUUUGGAAUCCUAAGGGAGAAUUGAUUACUAAGCACAGGAAAGUACAUCUUUUCGAUGUAGACAUCCCAAAUGCGAUCACUUUCAAGGAGUCAGACGGUUUUACGCCAGGAAAUCAGUUCACGAUUGUGGAUGUUGGACCAGCAAGGAUCGGAAUAGGCAUCUGCUAUGAUAUUCAAUUUGAGGAAUUUGCCAGAAUCUACAGAAAUGAAGGAUGCAAUCUGUUGAUCUACCCAGCUUCCUUCUCCCUGACUACGGGUCCUUUGUCAUGGGAGCUCUAUCAGAGAUCUCGAGCAAAUGAUACUCAGAGUUUCGUUACGAUGGUCUCCAAUGCCAGGGACUACGCAAAUGAAUAUGUAGCUUGGGGUCAUACAAUGUUAGUGAAUCCAUGGGGUCAAGUGGUGAAGUCCUUAAAGGAAGAUGAAGGUUUCAUUGCCACGGAUGUUGAUUUCACUAUUUGUGAUCAAGUUCGAGAACAAAUCCCGGUUAUCCAUCAACGUCGGACUGAUCUAUAUGAUAUUGUCGUUAAAGUUCCGAUCAAAUAAAUUUUUUGGAAUAAGAAUAUUAUGCAAAGAAUGUAUGAUAAAGUCUAUCAUGUAAUUGGUUAUUUCAGUUGAAGUUCAAUAAAAAUGAUAAAAUUUGAU